AUGAAAAAAACAUUCAGCAGUAAAAUAACGCUUCGUAAAAUGGAUACUGGGCUAUCAACAACUGAAGCCAGGGAAUCUCAGGUAAGCACAUCUGGUUUAAGAGACAGUAGAUCUUCUACCGGAAUCGAGGAUAGCGCAGAUAAAACUGGAAAUAGGAAUAGGAAUAAUGAAAAAUAUAAAAACAAAAAUAGAAACAGAAACAGAAACAGAAACAGGAAUAAGGAUAAGAAGACAGACAGAAAGGAGGAGAAUAAAUCUAAACCUGUGACUGACGGUGAAGAAGAAGGACCAAAGGUAUUCCAGGCGAAAAGCAGAAGGCAGAAAAACAACAAUGAAGCGAAUAGAAAGAACAACUCAAAGGAAAUAAACGAGGAUGAACAAAAACAGACCGCAAAAAGGCAAGAUGAAAUUAGUCAAUGCGUUCACAAUUUAUCUGACUUCAAACUGUUUAAAAAGGGCAGGCACGUUACCUCAUUUGGUUAUCGAAUCUCUGUUAUGACUGACUCUGGCAAAUCUACUCACAAUGUUUUAUUUCAUAUACCUUUGGAUUACCCAAAGGCCCCAAUCAAGUUGGCGAUGAGAAGUAACGAAGAAGUUUCUCCUUACAUGGAUAUCGUGAUAAUGAAUUUUAAUUGGAAAGCCCGUCAGUUGGCUAAGGAAAACUGGAGGAUUUUAUCCCAGAUAAACUAUUUGAUUAGCGAGUUUGAAAUAUUGAAACAGGCAAAUUAUAAACAAAUUGAUAAACUACGUAAUAGUUUUUACAAAACCGUAUAG